AUGGCAGAAACAGCGAAGGAGUUAAAGCUAAAGAGAAGGGGAGCGAAGGCAAAGAUGACGAGAGCUGGGAACGCGGUGCUACAGCUCAUCGAUGGGAGUGCCAUUAAGAGAGAUGUAGAGGAGAAGUUCCAGCAGCUUAAGACCCUCUACCAGGAGCUUCAGCAGAAGCAUGAGAGUUACGCGGAGCUCAUAGCCGAUGACGAGGCGUUUGAGGAAGAGGAAAAAUGGAUGGAAGCUUGCGACACAUCCUUUGUAUAUUGGCAAGUGAGAGUCAGCAAGUAUCUCGUUAAGUCAGGAGAGAGAGCAGAGCCGGAAAAUGUAACAGAAGCAGCGCCUUCUUCUGAGAGUCUUGGAGGUACAGUACAGUUAGAGUCAGGUGAGUCUGCCUCUCCUCCUGAGGUAACAGCUCCACCGUACAGCCUGAGGAUGGAGAAGCCAAGUCUUCCCAAGUUUAGCGGAGAUGUCCGGGAGUUCUUCGUAUUCCGGGAUGACUUCAGACAUCUGAUAGAUGGCCGCUACAGCAAACGUGAUGGGAUCACCAUUCUACGAAGCUGUCUAAGAGGGAAGCCCCUUGACCUGAUUUGGGGCAUAGGCACUGAUUAUGACGCUGCGUGGGAGCAGCUGGACUCGAUUUAUGGAGAUCCUAGAUUCGUAGCGGAUGCCAUCGUCAACGAUAUCCGCAGAUUCCGAACACUCAAGGAGCAGGAAGAUAGCCGCUUCUGUGAUUUAGUUCACCUGGUCAGAAGAAGUUUUAACAUCCUCAAGGGUGUUGGAAGAGUGAACGACAUGGACAACAACCAUAUGCUCGCAUCGAUAGAGAUGAAGAUGACCGGAAAGCAUGGUUUUGUUUUCAGGAAAAGGAGAACGAUCCAGCGUCUCUUCAAAUGCUUCUAG